AUGGUCACUGACGUUAGGAUGCCCAUCUGUAGAUGCUACCAGGCUUUCAUCGCACAGCUAGAGCAGGGUGUCGAUCAGACGCACCCAGUCGCUGACCUUGAUGCCAUGCAGCGGGAAGUACUCGCGUUGCUAGAUGCCGCACUCGACCAGACACGACGGAGAUAUGGAGAGAAGGACCUCCGAUGUGCCCGACUGCAAGAGCUCAUCGCGAAGGUCUACGUUAAUCGAAUGCAAAAUAGCUAUGCCGCUGGGGGCGAACACGAAUACCUCGAUCUAGCGAAAGAGCAUUAUGAGCAAGCACGAGCAAUCCGUGUACACAGACUAGGUGCCAGUUCGAGAGCCGUGCUGGAGAUUUCUGUGGGAGUAGCUCAGGCUGAAAUGCUGGCAGGGAGAGAGAAGGAAGCUGUUAAGAUGAUGAUCCAAACUUUACAGAGCAUCGAAGAUGCCGAGACAGAGGUUGAUGUGUCUCCUCUCGAGAUGCUCGUCAAAGCUCAUGAGCUUGCUACCUCGACUUACAAGCCUACCGACAGACGAGUUAUCGAUGUCAUGCGAGAUUUAGCACUGCGGGCCGUGAAGUCUGAGGAGCAUGAGAAGGCUCGACGAUAUCUAUCUGAAAUUCUCGAAGUGGAGGAGCAAAUUCACGGUCAAUACAGCGUGCCGGUGUGUCGUACGCUCAAUGCUCUCGCCUCUGUGCUCAUUGCUCUUGAGGAACUUGAGGAUGCUAAAGCAGUGCUCUCAAAGUGA